AUGUCAACUUGUUCAAAUGAUGAGAAUGAUGAACAUGAAAUGAGACUUGAAAAAGUUUUCAAAUGGAUCGACGAUCUCGAGAAGGUGAGUUUUUUUUUUUCAAAUGUUGUUCUGACUUUGUAUAUUUCUAACAAGGAAACCUUUUUUCCAAACUUCGAAAACUAGUCAAAAUUUGGAUGUGUCUAACUUUUCGGAGUGAGAAAAAUAUUCUAAAAGUUUGUUUUUCCUAAUGAACCCACGCCGUACUUAUUUGCAAAAUUUCAUAAACUUUCAAGUGUUGAGUGAAAAAAGUUUCCUUGUAAAAAACAAAAAAAAAUUAAUAAUUUUCCAGGUUCCUGAAGUGCAAAAACGAUUUUCGAAGUUGAUCUACCAAGUUUGGGAAUUGUCUCAAAAAUCGAAUGAUUUUCAAAAUCACUUUUUUUCAUUUUUCUAUGGUCUGGAAGAACGGAUUGAACUAGGAAAAAGUAUCGAAGUAUGUUUAUAUCAAUCAAAAAAUUUAAACAUAAAAGUUAUUUUAAGCAUCGCAGUAAACAUUUUCAACACUUGCUUGUGUCAUACAAUGAAUUUCUACAGAAAGUCAUGAAGCACAAUAUUGAGGUUAUUGAAUUUUUGGAUCAGAAAAUAACUGAAGAAGAAUUGCCAUAUGACUUGCAAACUGUGAUUGUUCCAGAAAUUAUCGAGUUCCUGAAGGAAAAAAUUUACUCGUUGAAGUUUUGCAGAUUCAUCCGAAAUUUGAUUGGAGAUAUGGAACGAAUUCUAACGGUACUAAUUUUUUGAAUAUUAUGUGUUUGAACAAAAACAUUUUUCAGGAUUCUGUACUUCGCAAAGAUUUUCCGACAAAACAUGGUGAUACCACCCCUCUUGAGGAAUAUACAUGGUUUCUUAUUAAAAACACACCUAAAACAUGCUUGAAAUGUGGCUAUUGA